AUGUACGACGCCAACAGCUGCCUUGGUAUAUACCUAAAAGAAUUUCUUCCUUUUCUUCUCACAGUCUCCCAGCAAGGUGAAAACCAAAGGCGACUCUACAGAGAAUUACUGAAAAACUAUAAUCGCCUGGAACGGCCUGUCGUGAAUGACUCACAACCUCUUGUAGUGGAGCUUCAACUAUCAUUACUACAGAUAAUUGAUGUGGAUGAAAAGAAUCAGGUCUUGAUUACAAAUGCUUGGCUACAGAUGUCCUGGGUUGAUGCAUAUUUGUCAUGGGAUCAAUAUGAAUAUCCUGGAGUACAGAACUUAAGAUUUCCAUCUGAUCAGAUUUGGGUGCCUGACAUUCUUCUGUACAAUAGUGCAGAUGAGAGAUUUGAUGCGACGUUUCACACAAAUGUUCUGGUAAACUACUCAGGAUCAUGUCAGUAUAUACCACCAGGCAUCUUAAAGAGCACAUGUUACAUCGAUGUCCGCUGGUUUCCUUUCGAUGUGCAGAAAUGCGAUUUGAAGUUUGGUUCAUGGACGCAUAAUGGCUGGCUGCUUGAUCUGCAGAUGCUUGAAGCUGAUAUUUCCAAUUAUAUAUCAAAUGGUGAAUGGGAUUUAGUGGGUGUCCCCGGAAAACGGAAUGAGCUGUAUUACGAGUGCUGUAAAGAACCAUAUCCGGAUGUGACUUACACUGUAACAAUGCGGCGCCGUACUCUCUACUAUGGAUUGAAUUUACUGAUUCCCUGUGUCCUUAUAUCAGGCUUAGCAUUGCUUGUUUUCUUGCUGCCAGCUGACUCUGGAGAGAAAAUAUCUUUGGGCAUUACGGUCCUCCUCUCCCUGACGGUUUUCAUGUUGCUUGUAGCAGAGAUAAUGCCUGCCACUUCGGAUUCUGUUCCCUUAAUAGCUCAGUAUUUCGCAAGCAUCAUGGUAAUUGUUGGCUUAUCGGUGGUGGUGACUGUCUUGGUUCUUCAAUUUCAUCAUCAUGACCCUCAAGCAGGAAAGAUGCCUCAAUGGGUCCGUGUCGUUUUGCUGAACUGGUGUGCUUGGUUUUUGAGAAUGAAAAAACCUGGAGAGAGCAUAAGGCCCCUUUCUUGUAAAUACAGCCAUUCUAGGCACCAGUCAAGUGUCAGCAGCGUCGAAAUGAAUGUUUUACCAGGACACCAAUCGAGCAAUGGCAAUGUGAUCUACAGCUACAAUGCCAUGGAAAAUCCCUGUUGCCCACAGAACAGUGACGCAGGCAACAAGAACGGCAAGGGCCCUGACUCUUCACUUGAAGAUAAUGAAAUCAGUCAAAGGAAAGCUUUAAUGGAUACUAUCCCUGUGAUUGUCAAAAUCCUCGAAGAAGUGCAGUUCAUUGCUGCCCGCUUCCGAAAACAGGAUGAAGGGGAAGAAGUCUGCAGUGAAUGGAAGUUUGCAGCUGCCGUCAUAGACAGAUUAUGCCUUGUGGCAUUUUCACUCUUUGCCAUCAUCUGUACACUCACAAUACUAAUGUCUGCUCCAAAUUUUAUCGAAGCCGUUACAAAAGAUUUUACAUAAGGAUCUGAGAAAUGAACAAAACCCGCUCCAAAGCAUAACUGGGGAUUAUGAAUUGAUGCCAUUAAUUUUGCUAAACGAUAAGAUAUAAAAAGCAGAAAGCAGUUGAAAUAAGUUUCAACGUCAAAUUGUGCCCCCUCACUGUUCGAAACGAUAGGUACAGGAUUAAGUACCUGGCUCUGUUACUUGUUUCUUCUUCCUGUACUUGUGGUCAAUAUCUCUGAUAAAUAUUAGAUAAGAAAUCAGAUACACAGCAUAAGCAUUACCAAGUAACUAUUAAAGUAUAUGUACUACUAGGAAAACACUAGUGAACAAUUUGCUACAUUGGUAAAUCCUUCCUAGAAACAAGUUCUUCGUUAAAUGUGUCAUUUUCAGUAUUUUUGUUUCGAAUCUUUCAUUAACACUGGUUUCAUUUAUGGUAACGUAUCACUUCAGCCUUGAAUUACAUUGUUAGUUACAGUUUGCCAAAUAAAUAGUGAGUUUCAGCUUUUAUUAUCACUGUGAUAGUCUGAAAUACUUCGCCAGUUGAAACUAAUGUAAAGUCAAUGCAACGGCCUUUUUCUAAGAUGUUAAAAAUAUUUCCUGUUUAAUAUUCAGGGUUUUCUAUUACAGUACAGGAAUUUGAGCAGCCACUUUCCCUAAGCGGAGUGUUGCAGCUGCACAGUAUUACUCUUGCCUUCCGAUUUAUUUGUAUAUAAUUCCAAUUCUCUAAACUGCACUGCAUUAACAGUUACUGAUCUUUUUUUUGGGUAGAAUUCUAUAGCAGUCCCAAACAUGCAUGAAAGAAGCAGCACAUGUGUCACUUGCUGGAUUGAGAACAACUGAUACACAUCUAAGGCAUAUUCAGAUGAGUAUCUAAACAUGCAUUGAAGCAAGAUUCAGUGCAUCUGCACCACACUGCUUUGAAUGGAGUAGAUGUUUCCACUGGCACUCUUGUGCACCUUCUUCAAGAUUAAUAUCUUUUUUAAACAACUUGACUGCAGUCAUUAUGGAGGGCUGUUUACAUAGGAAUGAGCUAGGGAGGGCAUCAUAUGACUAAAUAAGAGGCUGAUAAUCUAUGUAAGGAGUUUCUCCCCAUUGAAAGUAGAUAUCUAAAAAUACAAAUGUUCUCUCACCCUCAAUGAGAAAUGGGAUCUUGGCAGAUUCAAGAUAUCCAAUUUAAAAAUGGUUAACCACUGUGACAUUUUUCAUAAUUUGAGAUUUUAUUGGAAAAAAACUAUAGCUGUGCAAAAAAACAAAACAAUUUCUGUGCAAAAUACAUUGUUGUCUGCACCUUUUUUUGGUACAAAAAUGUUUUUGCACAAAACCAGUUUCUGGAGAAAUGAGGGUUGUUUUUUUUUAAGUCCUUAAGUGUGAAAAUCAUCAACAAAGUAUUAAAAUUGGGCCUAUUUGUUCUUACAUGCUAGCAUAAAAUAUGUCAAGUUCUGUGGCUCUAAUCCAAAGACAGAGCUACUGAGUAAAAGAUUUUCUCAAAUAUAGCGAAUAUUAAAUUCACCCUAAAUCACAAUGUAUAAUUAUCUCUUCUGUAAGAAAAUGUUAACGUAUGUACAACUAUAUGUAAAGAAGUAUUGUUAUGGUUAUUGGAUCUAUUGUAGAAUGUACAAGUUUUCAACUCUCUUGCAAGUUGCCAAGUCACAUUGAUGACAGCAUUUCUUAUAUAAAAUUCCCAUAAAUAUUA